AUGAAGAGUACGAAUCGUAGUAGUAAAUGGAAAGGCGUUACUCGUCAUAAAAUCACAAGUCGGUGGGAAGCACAUCUGUGGGAUGCCACGUACGAGCGUGUGCGCAAGAAAUCGUCCGGCGGGCGCACGCGCGGGCGACAGGUUUAUUUAGGAGGAUGGAUCUCCGAGCUCGACGCCGCGCGUGCGUACGAUCUUGCCGCGUUGCGAUUCUUCGGUACUCGACAGGUUCUGAAUUUUGAUGUGAGUAAUUACACCGAAGAAAUCAAAGCCAUGCAGGAGUAUUCACCCGCUGAUUGGGUUUGUGAGCUAAGACGGCGAUCUUCCGGCUUCUCUCGCGGAGUGAGUGCUUACAGAGGAGUGACAAGUCAUAAAGGGAAAAAUUCCAAGGGAAAAUGGGAAGCGCGCAUUGGGCGAGUUAUGGGCAACAAAUACCUUUAUUUGGGCACGUAUCCAACCGAGCGCGCAGCGGCUGAGGCGUACGACUGCGCGGCGCUUCUUUAUCGCGACUCGAAGGCGGUGACAAAUUUCGAUCGCUCGAAUUACUCAGAGGAAGAGAUCGCGAACGCUGGACUCGGCGCAAAAAUAUUGUAA